CCUCGGACUCUAAACAAAGUUCCACACUUCCCCGGGCGAACAGCUUACCUAAAAAUGUCCAAGCAAGGAAUCUUUCAUUUUCACAAGUCACAUUCGCGCGGACGUCUGCAUUUGACUUGAUAAUCCUUUUUUACUACAAAAAAUAACUUGAUUUCCUAACCUAUUCGACCUGCGUAUUUAACGAGUAUGAACAAGAAGAGGCGAGCUGGGUUGCGGCGAUUGUCUCGAGAACGUUAAAUAUCAGUGUGGAUUUAACAUGAAUUGAUGAGGAAUUUAAAGGACAUUCCAGCUGGAAUAACUACCGACCACAGCGCUUCCUUGUUUGGAACUGACUGAUCAUGGUCGCCGUGGUCCGCUCUCUCAUGGUUCUGUUGCUUGGUCAGGUGUUGUUGGGAGGUGCAGUUGGACUCAUUCCCGAAAUUGACCGACGGAAAUACAGCGAAUCGGGGAAACAGACACCGGAGCAAUCGGAAAGCUUCCUCAACGACUUCGAGCUUCGACUCUUAAAUAUGUUUGGACUGAAGCGGAGACCUACACCGAGCAAGUCAGCGGUGGUCCCACAGUAUAUGCUGGAUCUUUACUAUUUGCACUCUGAAAAUGGUGACCAGAACAUUAGGCGGCCAAGAAGUGCCAUGGGAAAACACACGGACCGUGCAGCCAGCAGAGCGAACACAAUCAGAAGUUUUCAUCACGAAGAGGCUUUGGAAACCCUGAGCAGCCUGAAAGAAAGGACUACACAGGAACUCUUCUUCAACCUCACAUCCAUACCAGUGAAGGAACUCAUCACGGGCGCCGAGCUCCGCAUCUUCCGACACCAGGUGCUCAGUGACUUGACAAAAAGCAACAGCAGCAUCACGGGGGGCCUCCAUCGCAUUAAUGUGUUUGAGGUGUUCAGGCCAGCCCAGUCAGCUUCUGAGGAGACUCUCACCAGGCUGCUGGACACUCGGCUGGUCCAGGACUCGCACUCGCGCUGGGAGAGCUUUGACGUGAGCUCGGCAGUGGCAGGCUGGGCGGCCCAAUCGCACUCCAACCAUGGUCUCCUGGUGGAGGUGGUCCACCCACCUGAGGCUGAGGAUGUGAGGGAGACGGAGAGGAUCCGGAGGAGGCAUGUAAGGGUGAGCCGCUCCCUGCACAGGGAUGGGGACUCAUGGGCACAGGUGCGCCCACUACUGGUCACCUAUGGCCAUGAUGGUCAGGGCAUGGCUCUUCUGCGGUCACCCCGAGACAAGCGGCAGGUACGCCGUGGGCCCAAGCAGCGGCGUAAGCAGCCACAGCGCGCCAACUGUCGCCGGCACCCACUCUAUGUGGACUUCAGUGAAGUGGGCUGGAACGAGUGGAUCGUGGCACCACCUGGCUAUCAUGCCUUCUACUGCCAUGGCGAGUGCCCAUUCCCACUUUCAGACCACCUCAACUCCACGAACCACGCCAUCGUGCAGACUCUGGUGAACUCCGUUAACUCCAACAUCCCCCGGGCGUGCUGUGUGCCCACAGAGCUCAGUCCCAUCUCUCUGCUCUAUGUGGAUGAGAAUGAGAAAAUAAUUCUCAAGAACUAUCAGGACAUGGUUGUAGAGGGCUGUGGCUGUCGAUAAGAGUCAAACUCCCAAUGAAGACUUUUAUUUAUAUGAAAGAACUUUCAAAGAGCUAUUUUGGAGGAAAAAGUAUAUAUAUGAUUAUAUUUAUGUUGUCUGAAAAAAAAUGGGAAAAAUAAAUAUUUUAAUGAGAGUGUUUUGCAUUUUCAGUGGUUCUGAAGCUGUUUGUCCAAUGUACAUUUCAGUGCAAUAGCACAUGAAGUAUGAUGCUCAGAUUUUUAUAUGUAUUUUUUUCAUCAUAACCACUUUAUUUGUAAAUGAAUUAUUUGUAUUUAUUCUGAAAAAAUAUAUGAUCUUCUACCAUUGUGGCCCUAAGGGUACAUUAUUUGAAAAAAAAAAAAAUUAUUUAUUGAGUUCUGCUUUUAUCUAAUGUAUCAAACAAUAUCAGUGCACCAUGGGUAAUUCUAUAAGCACUGAUUUCAGUAAGUAGUCCGUUAGCUUUAGAGCAUCUUCUCCCAUAUUCAAUGUUAAACUGUUCCAUCAAAAGUGGUUAGAUAUAUGUCAUCCCUGCAUCGUCCCUUUUUUGAUUUUGAAAUUGUCCUUUGACUGCCAUCUCUGGGGCCUGUUUUUUUGUUUUGUUUUGUUUUGUUUUACUUUUGUUAAUUAAUCCUAGUCUGGGACUAAAUUGUACUGUAGCUGGAGAUUCCUUGUUGAAAAUCCUUUUAGACUACAACUAGGCUUAAGGUAUGUCUGGACAACUGGCCUUGCAAACUAGGUCAGGUUAACUCUAAAUACCACACCCAUUACAUGUAGUUCUUUGAUGUUCAGUUCAGUGGUAUGUAAAAUGUCCAAGUCCUCAUGACAAAGGUGAUCUAUCAUUCAGACAGUUAGAAAUGUGGGCAGCAGAUAGAGACACAGUGGAGCGUUAGCCAUGUCAUAAAUGAGGCCUUCAUUAAUAAUCCCAUACACAAACAAAUGAGAAGACUGGGCCUGCCACAAGUGUUCUCACUCUUGGCAGUAUUCACAUGUCAUUAUUUAAUCAAAUUGCUUGCAUUUUUGACAUAGAACAGAAUGCUAAAAAUAUAACUGAUUUACCAAAAAACAAACACAGAAUCGCAACAGCAGCAAGUGUAUGUGAAAUGCAGGCAUUUGUAUUUUAGGUCAUGAAGAACUGAAUUAAACAGCUUUGGAGAAGGUUUAGCUUUUUAGAAGCAAGCUAUAAUUUGUCCAUGCAAAACACAAAAAUUGCAAACUGGGCCUAAAUGGAUGUUUAAACCUUUUUGCCCCAGGUUUAAAGUUUAUUUAAAUAUGACAAAUAUUCACACAGGGUAUUUUUCAGCCCUGAAAUAUGUUUUUUUUUUAUAUAGACCAUAACUACUCUGGGGCCUUUGCAG